UGUGGAAGGAGGUGGGUUUGAGGAAGUUUGUGGUAACAGUGAAGAGAGGUGGCUCCAGCGUGUAGGAGGGAUGGUGCGGCCCAGGGCAGUUGCUCGCUAGACCCAGGUGAGGUGAGAACCGCUGAUCCCGGAGCUGGCGAGGCUGGCAGGGCAGCUGGUCAGCGCGGCAGACGCUGCCCUGGGCCCACUGCCGCCAUGGAUGAAAGUGAAUCUGAAGCGGCGGAGACGGAGCCGCUGGUGCGUCACGGGGGCGCCACCCCUGCCGCAGGAGCGGGCGGGGGCGGCACGGAGGGCGAGACAGCAGCAAGGAGAGAUGUGGGUGGGGUGCGGCCGACGGGUGGGCGGCCCCACGCCCACAUACGGCCCCGCCUCUCGCUCGUCCCGGAGAUGAACGAGAGGAGCACCGAGGAAGAGCAGGAGCAGCGGGAUCCCGAAGGACGGAGCGAGAAGACAGUCCCGGACUCUCCCACUCCCAUUUGUCCAAUAUUCGGCGUGAAGAACUACCUCCAUCACUUCUACGAGAAGCAGGACAUCAGUGAUCCAGCUCUCUACGAGGAGCUCCCACCGAUGGAGCAAGUGUUUCUGGUGAAGCAGGGAGACGGAGGCUGUUCCUCCUCUGUGUUCCGCCUCUCCCUGGUCCUGGGUGGCCUCCUGCUGCUUCUUGGUGUUAUCGCCUUCGUUGUGGCCGCUUUCGCAGCCCGCAGGACUGUCGUAGUCGGACAGGACGGAGGGGUGACGAUGGUAGACCGCGUAGCUUCUUCACACAACGCUCAGGUGGACGCUCUCCUCCUGGUGGGUCUUGUGGCUGUCACUCUGGGCUCAUCAGUGGUCGCCGCUGCUCUCAUCUCCCGCACCUUCUGCUCUAGACCCGAGGAACCUCCAUAUCCCUUCAGGAUGGGUGAGUACGUGCUGGAGCCUGCAAUCUCCCCGUCCGAGAACAAGGUGCCUGUGACGGAACGACUGAUGCAGGUGCAGCCAGCGUGGGGUCUAGCAAGAUACACGAGCGUCAGGAGUGUCAUGCCUCUCCCAUGACUCGUGGUACCGUCCUGCCGAGUAGCAGCCAGGGAUUAAGCCUUCAAGGCAGCAACAGAGAAGAGAGAACAAGCCUCUCUUUCUCUUUCUCUGAGGUUGGACAGUUUCUCCUUCCAGGGGAGAUAGGUCUUCUAUGACCAUGUCCUUUUGAGAAAGGCCUCCUCGGGUCUUGCCCGACAAGCAGGAGUCGAGCUGAUCUCUUCUACGCAACAUUCCUUGAAAGAUCUGGAAGCUCAUACAUCACAGAAACAAAAUACUAAUUGAAUUCCUCCUACGUCAGAAUUGGAACAUUACAUUUCUUAUUCUUCGUUGACCAGUCUGCCAGGUCUAGAAGAAUAAAAACCAUUUUAAAUUCAACUAAUUCAUCGAUCAUGAAAAUUAACCUCCGUAUCUUGAACCUUCGAGACAAUAUUUCAUGUAUUGUUGUCAUAAUGAUGUACAUGGCAGCGAUGAUUGUUGAAAGUGGUGUGAUGUAUAUCAGGUUAUGUUUUUAUAAGUCGUAUAUUUUUCUUGUCGAUUUGGGUUAUUUCUUGAAAAAUUCACUCAACCUCAAUACAAAUAAAAAUAAAGGUGUGUUGUUUCUCUUUCUUCAGGAAGUUUUAUGUUCAUGUGUAAUGUGUUAAUGUUGCUGGUUCCUGCAUAAUUUAAGUCUAAUCAGGAAAUUUAUUGUGAAGAAUGUUCAUUAAUUAAAAAGCGAGCUAAUUCUUCCUUGAUUUUAAAACGAAGUAACUCAGCUAAAUAGUCCACUUAAUGCUGUCAUUUGCUAUCACAGACGAGAUGAUAAUUAUCCUACGCCCCAACUUGUUCCACUCAUCAACAGGCUUGAUCUUGUGACUGUGCACUGCAGGUCCUAACUCGUGUGCCACACAUGUGCAUCAGGUAUGUACAUGUGUGUAGCAUAAUUGUAUACGUGUGCCACUGUUCUGUGUAUGUGUGUACCACACAUAUGCAUCAUAGGUCUGUACAUGAGUGUAACACAUUUGUAUAUGUGUGCCACAGAUGUGUACACAUGUGUGCAACCUUGAAUACAUGCAGUUGGCACAGUUUCUGAAGAUGUCUAGGAAUCCCUCAUCAGGCCCAUAUAGAAAAAAAAACUUGAAAAUGCAAAGAUCUACACUGAAAGCAGGAUCCCUGCUUACUGCUAAGACCCUUGUAUCUGCUUCCUAUUUGAUCUCCCGUUUUGUCCGGAUGAAGGAUCUCCAGACAUUAUGAAAAAUUUUGUCAACAAUUUCCAUUUUUCUUGAGGGUGUUUUGAUAUUUAAUUUUCACAUUU